AUGGAGGAUAAUAAGGUUGGUGCUUCACCUGAGGUUUGUGAAGCUCAGCUUAGGUUUAAAAAUGCAAUCGCAGCCAAGAAAUUGCGUACACAAUCUGCUCAUGCAGACCAUGCAAAAGUUAUGCAAGUGACAUCUAAUACUCAAAUUCAGUCCGAGAAGAAGCAAAACUCUGAAGUUCAGUCCGUGUCUGAGUUGGAAACCCAGACAAGAGUCGUGAACAAACAAAAUUUCGUGGCUAAAUCUGUGAGCAAAGAUGGGAUACAGGACGUGAACAAACCAAAAGCUAAAGAAGAUAAUGCACGUACAGAUUCUAUCCAUGCAGGCCAUGCAGAUGCACUUGAAGUUAUUGAUGAAGCUAAUCAGUUGGAAAAGGAGCUUGCUAAAUAUGCUGAUGAGUUGCGUGAAGCUCAGAUGAAGUUUAUUCAUUGUAAAAAUACUAUUGCAGCUCAGAAAGAUAUAAAUUUACGUAAAAAUCGGGAAGACAUGGCUGCACAGAGUUUUUCUAAAGACGAAUGGAAUGAAGUGAAAGGAAAGAAAUCCCCUAGUAAAGCUAAAACUGAUGAGGAAGAGGAGCAGUAUUUGAAUCUGGAUAAUAUGGAGGAUAAUAAGGUUGGUGCUUCACCUGAGGUUUGUGAAGCUCAGCUUAGGUUUAAAAAUGCAAUCGCAGCCAAGAAAUUGCGUACACAAUCUGCUCAUGCAGACCAUGCAAAAGUUAUGCAAGUGACAUCUAAUACUCAAAUUCAGUCCGAGAAGAAGCAAAACUCUGAAGUUCAGUCCGUGUCUGAGUUGGAAACCCACACAAGAGUCGUGAACAAACAAAAUUUCAUGGCUAAAUCUGUGAGCAAAGAUGGGAUACAGGACGUGAACAAACCAAAAGCUAAAGAAGAUAAUGCACGUACAGAUUCUAUCCAUGCAGGCCAUGCAGAUGCACUUGAAGUUAUUGAUGAAGCUAAUCAGUUGGAAAAGGAGCUUGCUAAAUAUGCUGAUGAGUUGCGUGAAGCUCAGAUGAAGUUUAUUCAUUGUAAAAAUACUAUUGCAGCUCAGAAAGAUAUAGCUUUACGUAAAAAUCGGGAAGACAUGGCUGCACAGAGUUUUUCUAAAGACGAAUGGAAUGAAGUGAAAGGAAAGAAAUCCCCUAGUAAAGCUAAAACUGAUGAGGAAGAGGAGCAGUAUUUGAAUCUGGAUAAUAUGGAGGAUAAUAAGGUUGGUGCUUCACCUGAGUCCGAGAAGAAGCAAAACUCUGAAGUUCAGUCCGUGUCUGAGUUGGAAACCCAGACAAGAGUCGUGAACAAACAAAAUUUCGUGGCUAAAUCUGUGAGCAAAGAUGGGAUACAGGACGUGAACAAACCAAAAGCUAAAGAAGAUAAUGCACGUACAGAUUCUAUCCAUGCAGGCCAUGCAGAUGCACUUGAAGUUAUUGAUGAAGCUAAUCAGUUGGAAAAGGAGCUUGCUAAAUAUGCUGAUGAGUUGCGUGAAGCUCAGAUGAAGUUUAUUCAUUGUAAAAAUACUAUUGCAGCUCAGAAAGAUAUAGCUUUACGUAAAAAUCGGGAAGACAUGGCUGCACAGAGUUUUUCUAAAGACGAAUGGAAUGAAGUGAAAGGAAAGAAAUCCCCUAGUAAAGCUAAAACUGAUGAGGAAGAGGAGCAGUAUUUGAAUCUGGAUAAUAUGGAGGAUAAUAAGGUUGGUGCUUCACCUGAGGUUUGUGAAGCUCAGCUUAGGUUUAAAAAUGCAAUCGCAGCCAAGAAAUUGCGUACACAAUCUGCUCAUGCAGACCAUGCAAAAGUUAUGCAAGUGACAUCUAAUACUCAAAUUCAGUCCGAGAAGAAGCAAAACUCUGAAGUUCAGUCCGUGUCUGAGUUGGAAACCCACACAAGAGUCGUGAACAAACAAAAUUUCAUGGCUAAAUCUGUGAGCAAAGAUGGGAUACAGGACGUGAACAAACCAAAAGCUAAAGAAGAUAAUGCACGUACAGAUUCUAUCCAUGCAGGCCAUGCAGAUGCACUUGAAGUUAUUGAUGAAGCUAAUCAGUUGGAAAAGGAGCUUGCUAAAUAUGCUGAUGAGUUGCGUGAAGCUCAGAUGAAGUUUAUUCAUUGUAAAAAUACUAUUGCAGCUCAGAAAGAUAUAGCUUUACGUAAAAAUCGGGAAGACAUGGCUGCACAGAGUUUUUCUAAAGACGAAUGGAAUGAAGUGAAAGGAAAGAAAUCCCCUAGUAAAGCAUAA